AUGACAGCCACGACAGGCCAGCACUUCGACGCAGUCAUUAUAGGAGCAGGGCUCGGAGGUAUCUACCAACUCAAUGAGCUCCUCAAGCUCGGUCUCUCUGUCAAGGUGAUAGAAGUGGCGCCCGACAUUGGAGGAACAUGGUACUGGAACCGCUACCCCGGGGCGAUGAGCGAUACAGAGAGCUUCGUGUACCGGUAUUCCUGGGACAAAGAAGAUCUCCAGACGUACCCCUGGCCGAACCACUACGUCCACCAGCCCGAGGUUCUGGAGUACAUGCAGCACGUGGUGCGGAAGUACGACCUCCGCAAAUACAUGCAGUUCAACACAGAGAUGCUCUCAGCCGACUGGGACGACGACGCCAAACUCUGGCGCAUCGCCACCAGCACCGCCGAAACGGUCCUGGCGCGCUACUUCGUGCCCGCGCUGGGCGUCCUCUCCAAGCGGAAUCUCCCCGACAUCCCCGGCAUCGACUCCUUCAAGGGGACCCUGACCCACUCCUUCGCCUGGCCCGCAGACCUCGACGUCACGGACAAGCGCGUCGGCAUCAUCGGCUGCGGCUCGACGGGCGUGCAGAUCGUGACGGCUAUCGCGCCGAAAGUGAAGUCGCUGACGUCCUUUAUCCGCCACCCGCAGUACUCGGUGCCGGCCAACAACAGGCCCGUCUCGCCCGAGUAUCGCAAAUGGGUUAAUGAGAACUACGACGCCAUCUGGGAGCAGCUGCGCAACUCGUUCGUCGGCUUCGGCUUCGUCGAGUCGACGCGGCCCGUCUUCUCGGUGCCGGAAGACGAACGCGAACGCAUCUUCGAGGAGCUGUGGGAACGCGGCAACGGGUUUCGCUUCAUGUUCGAGGGCUUCGGCGACAUCGCUGCGGACAAGAAGGCCAACGAGGAGGCGUGCAGGUUCAUCAUCAAGAAGAUCCACCAGAUCGUCAAGGACCCGGAGAAGGCAAGGAAGCUGACGCCGCGGGAACCGCUUGCCCGCCGGCCCAUCUGUGACAGCGGAUACUUCGAGCAAUUCAACCGUCCCAACAUCGACAUCGUCGACAUCAUGGCCAACCCAAUCGACUCCAUCACCCCCACCGGCAUCCAGACCGCGGACGGCACUCUGCACGAGCUCGACAUCAUCGUCUUUGCCACCGGCUUCGACGCCGUCGACGGCAGCUACACGCGUAUCUGCAUCCGGGGGCGCAACGGCGAGACGCUGAAAGACCGCUGGGCCGACGGCGGGCCUACGAGUUACAUGGGCACCUUCGCCGCCGGCUUCCCUAAUAUGUUCAUGGUGUUCGGCCCGCAGAGCGCGUUUUGCAGUCUCCCGCCUAUGCUCGAGGCCGCCGUCGAGUAUAUCACGGCGGCGAUCAGGAAGGCUGAGGAACUGCGGAAGGAGCGCGGUGGGGAGGCGGCGCUCGUCGAGGCGACGGAGGAGGCGGAGAGGGGCUGGGCGAGGAUGUGUGAAGAGGUGUCGGCGGGGAGUUUGUUCAGGCAGGAGAACUCGUGGAUUUUUGGGGCGAAUAUUCCGGGGAAGCCGUUGGCGUGUCGGUUUUAUUUUGGGGGGUUGAAGAGUUAUCGGGAUCAGAUGAGGGAGGUUAUUGAGGACGGGUGGCGGGGGUUCAAGCCUUUUGUCAGCGAGGUGUCUGAUGGGGUGUCGAAGAUGACGCCUUUGGCUGCGGAGACUGCUGCUGUCACUUCUUGA